AUGAAAAAAGCCAAGAUGCAGGAAUCCAGAGAACAAAGCUUGAGUCAUGUGAGCAACGCAGAAGUCAGCGAUCAGAAGCCUGAAUCUUCAAGCCUUGGCUCAAACCUUCCCAUGUCCAGUGAGAUUAUGACAUGCACUGAUUAUAUCCCAAGGUCAUCAAAUGAUUAUACCUCACAAAUGUAUUCUGCAAAACCAUAUGCACAUAUCCUUUCUGUACCUGUAUCGGAAACAAUGAGCCCUUACCCUGGUCAGACUCAGUACCAAGCACUACAGCAGUCUCAGCCCUACACCAUCUACCCCCAGACCACCCAAACCUACGGACUACCUCCUUUCGGUGCACUGUGGCCAGGUAUGAAACCUGAAAGUGGUUUAAUUCAGACUCCAUCUACAAGUCAGCACAGUGUUCUUACCUGCACUACAGGGUUAACCACAAGCCAGCCCAGCCCAGCACAUUAUUCUUAUUCCAUUGAAGCAUCAACUACCAAUGCCAGUCCAGUCUCUACAUCCUCAACUGUUGUCAACAUUUCCACAUCAGCAGUAGCCAGCAUCUCACAGGAAUAUCCUACGUACACGAUCCUUGGCCAAAGUCAGUACCAGACAUGUUACCCCAGUUCUGGCUUUGGAGUCGUAACACCAGCAGACAGCAACACGGAGAGUACUGCACUAGCAACAGCUACGUAUCCAACCGAAAAACCAAACGCCAUGGUGCCUACGCGGACGGUGCAGAGACAUUCCUCCGGAGAUGCAUCCACAAGUCCUUCAUUAUCAAGAGCAACAGCAAGUAAAGACUUAGAUGAGCAGGCAAGAAAAAACAUCCCUGGGAAGAACAGGGGGAAGAGGAAAGCAGAUACCUCCUCCUCACAGGACAGUGAACUGGAGCGAGUCUUUCUCUGGGACCUGGAUGAGACCAUCAUAAUCUUCCAUUCGCUUCUCACAGGAUCUUAUGCUCAAAAAUAUGGCAAGGAUCCAACUCUGGUGAUUGGCUCGGGUCUGUCAAUGGAGGAGAUGAUUUUUGAAGUAGCUGAUACUCACUUGUUUUUCAAUGACUUGGAGGAGUGUGACCAGGUACACAUAGAAGAUGUGGCAUCUGAUGACAACGGCCAAGAUUUAAGCAACUACAAUUUCUCCACGGAUGGCUUCAGUGGCUCAGGAAGUAACGCAAAUCACAGCUCCUCCGUUGGUGUCCAGGGUGGAGUGGACUGGAUGAGAAAACUGGCCUUCCGCUACCGCAGGGUACGAGAGAUCUACGACAAAUACAAAACUAACGUUGGAGGCCUUCUUAGCCCACAGAAGAGGGAAGCUCUGCAGCGGCUAAGGACCGAUAUAGAAGUGCUGACAGAUUCCUGGCUGGAAACUGCAUUAAAGUCCCUGCUACUCAUACAGUCCAGAAAAAACUGUGUGAACAUCCUGAUCACAACCACCCAACUGGUGCCAGCUCUUGCCAAAGUUCUCCUGUAUGGAUUGGGCGAGGUGUUUCCCAUCGAAAAUAUUUAUAGUGCUACAAAAAUAGGUAAAGAGAGCUGUUUUGAGAGGAUCGUGUCACGAUUUGGAAAGAAAGUCACCUAUGUGGUAAUUGGAGAUGGGCGCGACGAAGAGGUUGCAGCUAAGCAGCACAACAUGCCUUUCUGGAGGAUCACAAAUCAUGCAGAUCUCAUGUCCCUUCACCAAGCCCUCGAGUUAGACUUCCUGUAA